CCGGAGGGGAAGCUCCCGCCUGCCCGGGCUCCCCGAUGGUUUUGCCCCGGCUCUGGGAGAGCUUCAGAUUCCGUCGUGCGCGCCUCGCCCUCCUGAGCUGCCUCUGCACUAGAAUGUUGCGGCAGGUCUUGCACAGGGGGCUGAGAACGUCUUUCGCCAGACUCGGCCACUUCAUCGCCAGCCACCCGGUCUUCUUCGCCUCCGCCCCCGUGCUCAUCUCCAUCUUGCUGGGGGCCAGCUUCAGCAGGUACCAGAUCGAGGAGAGCGUCGAGCACCUGCUGGCCCCCAAACACAGCCUGGCCAAGAUCGAGAGGAACCUCGUCAACAGCCUCUUCCCCGUCAACCGUUCCAAGCACCGGCUCUAUUCUGACCUGCAGACCCCUGGGAGGUACGGCAGGGUCAUUAUCACCUCCUUCGUGAAGGCGAACAUGCUGGACCAGCACCACACCGAGCUGAUUUUAAAGUUGCACUCUGCUGUGACCAGGAUCCAAGUGCAAAGACCUGGUUUCAACUACACUUUUGCCCAUAUCUGCAUCCUAAAUAAUGACAAGUCUUGCAUAGUGGAUGACAUUGUGCAUGUCCUGAAGGAACUGAAGGCUGCCCGCUUGUCUAACCAAACUAAUUUUUCUAUCACAUAUCCAAUCACACACUUAAAGGAUGGCAGGGCAGUGUACAAUGGGCACCAGCUUGGCGGUGUCACCGUGCACAGCAAGGACCGGGUGAAGUCCGCCGAAGCCAUUCAGCUCACCUACUACUUGCAGGCAAUCAACUCCCUGAAUGACAUGGUGGCGGAAAAGUGGGAAUCCAACUUUUGUGACACUAUUGAACUUUUCCAGAAAUCCAACCAGAAUGUCACGAUGUACCCCUUCACUUCUUCAUCUCUUCAAGAAGACUUCCAGAAGACGAGUAGGGUGUCCGAACGUUAUCUCACCACAAGCCUGGCCCUUGUGAUAACCUUGGCCAUGCUCUGCUGUUCCAUGCAAGACUGUGUCCGCAGCAAACCCUGGCUUGGCCUCCUUGGCUUGCUAACUGUGAGUUUGGCCACUCUCACUGCAGCUGGAAUCAUUAAUCUGACUGGUGGGAAAUACAAUUCUACCUUCCUGGGAAUACUGUUCAUCGUGUUAGGUCAUGGCUUAUAUGGAACUUUUGAGAUGCUGUCCUCCUGGAGGAAAACAAGAGAAGACCAGCACGUGAAAGAGAGAACUGCAGCUGUGUUUGCAGACUCCAUGCUCUCCUUUUCUCUCACCACUGCCAUGUAUCUGGUCACUUUUGGGAUAGGUGCCAGCCCCUUCACUAACAUUGAAGCAGCCAGGAUCUUCUGCUGUAAUUCCUGUAUUGCAAUUUUCUUCAACUACCUCUAUGUACUCUCCUUUUAUGGUUCCAGCCUCGUGUUUACUGGCUACAUAGAAAACAACUACCAGCAUAGUAUCUUCUGCAGAAAGGUACCAAAGCCAGAGGCACUGCAAGAGAAGCCUGCCUGGUAUAGGUUUCUUCUGACAGCCAAAUUCAGCGAGGACACAACAGAGUCAGAGGAGACAAACAGUUACGAAAGCCACCUUUUGGUGUGCUUCCUCAAGCGUUACUACUGUGACUGGAUAACCAACACUUAUGUCAAGCCUUUUGUAGUUCUCUUUUACCUUAUUUAUAUUUCCUUUGCCUUAAUGGGCUACCUGCAGGUCAACGAAGAGUCAGACCUUAGUAACAUUGUAGCAACUGCGACCCGAACCAUGGAGUAUACAGCUGCUCAGCAGAAGUACUUUAGUAAUUACAGCCCUGUCAUUGGGUUUUAUAUCUAUGAAUCGAUAGAGUACUGGAACAUGACCGUUCAAGAUGACAUGUUAGAGUACACCAAGGGGUUUGUGAGGAUAUCUUGGUUUGAGAGCUACUUAAAUUACCUUCGAAAACUCAACAUAUCAACUGGAUUACCCAAAAAGAAUUUUACAGAUAUGCUGAGGAACUCCUUCUUGAAAGCCCCCCAGUUUGCCCAUUUUUCAGAGGAUAUAAUUUUCUCCAAGAAGUACAACAAUGAAGUUGACGUUGUGGCCUCCCGAAUGUUCUUGGUGGCUAAGACAAUGGAAACCAAGAGAGAAGAGCUUUAUCAUCUCCUGGAAACCUUAAGGAAGCUCUCUCUCAAGUCAAAGGUGAAAUUCAUUGUUUUCAACCCAUCAUUCGUAUACAUGGAUCGUUAUGCCUCAUACGUGGGAGCGCCUUUGCAGAACUCCUGCAUUAGUGCUUUAUUCUUGCUCUUCUUCUCGGCAUUUCUGGUGGCAGACUCUCUCAUCAAUGUUUGGCUCACGCUCACCGUUGCCUCUGUCGAAUUUGGAGUCAUAGGUUUUAUGACCUUGUGGAAAGUAGAGCUGGACUGUAUUUCUGUGUUGUGCUUAAUUUAUGGGAUUAAUUAUACAGUUGACAACUGUGCGCCCCUCUUGUCAACAUUUGUCCUGGGCAAAGAUUUCACAAGGACUAAAUGGGUAAAAAAUGCCCUGGAAGUGCACGGGGUAGCUAUUUUACAGAGCUACCUCUGCUACAUUGUUGGUCUGAUUCCUCUCGCAGCUGUGCCUUCAAAUCUGACCCGUACACUGUUCAGGUGCUUGUUUUUGAUAGCAUUAGUCACCUUCUUUCAUUGCUUUGCCAUUUUACCUGUGAUACUGACUUUUCUGCCACCAUCCAAGAAAAAGAGGAAAGAGAAGAAAACUCCUGAGAACCGGGAGGAAAUAGAAUGCGUUGAAAUGGUGGAUAUGGAUAGUACCCGAGUGGUUGACCAAAUUACAACAGUCUGACUAGUUGGUUUGUUUUGCUUUUUUUAAAGAAAAAAAAACCCUAAGAUAUUGCCAAGAGAUGAAAAUCAUAUUGAUUAUAACAUUGGGGUUUGGAUGUCUGUUUUCAAAUUAAAACCAGGAGCAUCCAAAGCAGUGUGUGAAGGGGGGAAAUAUAAUGGUAUGUUGAUUGGCUUUUGCAUAAAAAGUACAUUGAAAUGUACAUUCACCCAAUACAAAACUAGUGUCGAUUUGGGUUGCUACCUGAGAUACCAGAGGUGGGUUACUGAAUAGCAUAUUGCCAUGUCCACCCUGCCGAUGAUGAUGCCUUCGUGGCAGUCCGCCAGCACAUUGAAAGGUCAACUGCCAAGCUGAAGGAGCAGUAAGUGUACAUUUUUGACAAAGAGGCUAUGGAAAUCUUUCAAUACAGCAAUAAUUCAAGUCAGUGAGUCAGCUAUUAUGGAUCUUAGCCAUCACAUCUAACUCAAUUGCUUGCUUCUUGCUUGCUUUCUCUCUUUCUUUUUCUGAAUGGUAUAUGCAAGUUUGUA